AUGAAUGAACCAACUUUACGUUAUGAGAAGAUUGACUUUCUGGGAGAGGGACAGUUUGCUACAGUUUAUAAGGCUAGAGAUGUGAAAACUGAUAAAAUUGUUGCCGUUAAAAAAAUUAAAAUUGGAUCUCGGCUUGAAGCCCAGGAUGGAAUCAAUCGGACUGCUCUAAGAGAGAUUAAACUUUUACAAGAAUUGGAGCAUAUUAAUCUCAUUGGAUUACUAGAUGUGUUUGGACAAAAAUCUAAUGUUUCCUUGGUGUUUGACUUUAUGGAUACUGAUUUAGAAAUAAUAGUGAAGGACAGCAAUAUUGUACUUACUCCAGCUAAUGUUAAGGCCUAUAUGAUUAUGACCUUGAAAGGACUGGAAUACUUGCAUCAAAAUUGGAUUCUGCACAGAGAUUUGAAACCUAACAAUUUACUUAUAAAUCGGGAAGGAAUAUUGAAAAUUGGUGAUUUUGGUCUGGCAAAAGCGUUUGGAUCACCAACCAGAAUAAACACACAUCAAGUAGUAACGAGAUGGUACAGAUCUCCCGAGUUAUUGUUUGGCGCAAGACAAUAUGGAACUGGAGUAGACAUGUGGGCUGUUGGAUGCAUACUAGCAGAAUUAUUACUUAGGGUUCCAUUUUUACCGGGAGAAUCAGACUUAGAUCAGCUUUCACGCAUCUUCCAGGUCUUUGGAACACCAACUGAAGAGAAUUGGCCGGGCAUGAAAGGUCUAACAGACUAUGUGCAGUUCAAGCUGUUCCCGCCGCAACAGUUACGUCAUAUAUUCAGCGCGGCUUCCGAUGAUCUACUUCAACUGCUGGAAAGUCUGCUUGCACUUUAUCCACCUAACCGCUGUGAUUGCACACAAGCAUUGCAAAUGCCAUACUUCAGCAAUAAGCCAGCGCCGAGCGUGGGUUCGAAGCUCCCUAUGCCAUCAAAUAUAUCUAAAAUUGAAACUGAAAAACCAUCACUCAAAAGAAAACUACUGGAUAAUAUUGAUGGCGGUUCUCUUGCUAAAAGGCUGCAGUUUUAA